UCCAUCCCUUCAACCUGCGCUACUGACUAAAUACAUACUAACAGUACUGACGCGACAAAUUACUGUGAAUUCAGGCGCAAAAAACAUCGAAGCGUCCCUACUGAUCAGUACACACUCGCAGAAUUAGUACCGCGCGCGAUCGUCUAUUAAAACGUAGAGCGCGCGAUUCGCAAACAUUGGUGCAGAUGUAAGGGAAUAUACCUGCAGACAACAGCUGCCACACUGAUGACAGAGCAAAGGGGAAGUAAGUUAACCAGCUAACCACCCAACGCUAAACGUCGACUUUCAGGCAGGUAAAUGAUCGUCGAUUUGGACGGUUCAACCACAACGUGUGACUCAAGCUUCUGAACGGAGCCGUCCACUACAGAGAGUGUUUCGCAGACUGCACAAAUAUGAAGAGGGUGACAGUGCGCUGUGUUGCCCGGCUCUUCCUCGCGGCGUUGUGGCUGCUGGUGGAAGAGUGUCGGGCUGAGAGCGGGGCCCCGAGUCUGGCUGACAGAGUCAUCUGGGCUGUAAACUCCGGCGGGGACGCGCACACAGACGUGCACGGCAUUCAUUUUAAAAAAGAUCCACUAGAAGGAAAAGUGGGGAAAGCAUCAGACUAUGGUAUUCGGCUGCCUAUACUGCGCUCCAGUCCAGAGGAUCAGAUCCUCUACCAGACAGAACGCUACAAUGAGGAUACAUUUGGAUAUGAAGUGUCCAUCAGGGAAGAGGGAGACUACUUACUGGUCAUGAAAUUUGCUGAGGUUUAUUUUGCUCAGUCUCAACAAAAGGUUUUUGAUGUGCGUUUGAAUGGCCAUGUUGUGGUGAAAGAUCUGGAUAUCUUUGAGCGUGUUGGUCACAGCACAGCUCAUGAUGAAAUUGUGCCAUUCUCGAUAAAAAGAGGAAAACUGAGUGUGCAUGGGGAAGUUUCCACUUUUAAUGGAAAACUCAUGGUAGAGUUUGUAAAGGGUUACUAUGACAACCCCAAGGUUUGUGCACUGUAUGUGAUGAAGGGCAAGCUAGAAGAUGUGCCAAAACUACAGCCACAUCCUGGUCUGGAGAAGAGAGAGGAAGAGGAGGAGGAAGAAGAUGAAGGGGAGGGAGGAGAAGGUGAAAAAAAGAGUGCCUCCACCGCUCCCAAGAAUAUUGUUCGGUCCGGUCCACGCACCCCCAACCCAUAUGCCGCUGAUAACAGCAGCCUGAUGUUCCCUAUACUAGUGGCAUUUGGGGUCUUCAUCCCCACCCUCUUCUGCCUCUGCCGCCUGUAAUGGGGAAGUGAGUGAAUGAGAGGGGGAGAGGAGAAGCGAUGGACAUCAGGCUGUGGAUGGGUGGGGGGAGGGACACAGCCACAGGUACAGGAAGGAAUACAGACUGAAUUUACAACAGACACAAAGAUAAAAGACGAGCAAGGGACUCAGCAUGCAGAAAUGUGGAGGUUUGAGAGAUUGCUGGUCAUUAAAAGAGGUGACCCAGAAAAUAAGAGAAUUUAGAGUGCAAGAUCAUUUGUGCGUGUGUAUGUGCUUGUGUUUGUACACAUUUGAUAUCAAUUUUAGUUUGAGGAGAUCCAAGAGGUAUUGAUUAAAUGCACACACUUACACACAUGUGAGGCAAGACUAACCACUUUGCUAACCUGGUUUGUCUGGUCUAGCAAGAGAUAAAAGAGGAAGAGUUUGGGACACUCCCAAAGGAAAUAGGAAAUAGUUUGCAAGGAGUAACUUUGAUCUAAUGUUCACUGGCCUCCAAUGGGAGGCAGAAAUGGUACAAGAAACUUCUGAAGCCCUUAUUAACACUGAUCAUUUGGUAAUGCAUCUAACACUCAGUGGCUGGUAUCAAAAAAAAGAGUUAAGAUUUAUUAAGACCCUUUUUAUUUUCUUCAAACUCAUAAAAGCUUUUUGUGUCUCCAGCUUCUUAAUCAUUAUCUUUAUGAUUUAAAGGAGCAUGUAGAUUGAGUUCACCAGACAAAUUUGAAUAUAAUUCUUGAUGACAUUGGAUUUCAUUCCCAAUUCUGCAGUUACAAAUUUGCAGUGCACAGCAACAUUUUAAUCUCCCGCUGCUCAUGAAUGAGUUUAAAUUAUUCUUUGUCCCCCAUGUACUUGGAUGGUUUGUUCUCAUAAUUACUGCAUUAAAUAAUACAUGCAAUUUUCAGAUGAGGUUUGGCAUAAUUGUUCCUCCUUAAUUAGGAACAGAAAGAGGCUCUGUUAUUAACUGGCCUUUGGGUCCUUGACAUUAAGAUUGUAUUGGACAGAAGUGCUAUCUGAAGUUUUAAAUGCCCUUCUCUCUCUUAUUGGGAUAUGAUGAGUCUUGAACAGCCUUUAAUUGGUAAAUGAGCAUAAUCAUGCAUAAUUUAAUAUUCUGGGUUCAGUACAAGUUCGGCUCAAUCGACAGUAUUUGUGGCAUAAUAUUGAUUACCAAAAAAGUACAUUUCAACUCAUCCCUCCUUUCCUUUAAAAAAAAUAUUUAAAAAAUCUGGUUUCCAGCAAGGCACUUACAAUAAAAGCGUCCAACCUGUAAACGUUAAAAUACUUUUAAGUAUAGACACAAGACAUAAAUUACAUGUGUGUUAACAUGAUUUAAGUGUAAAAAAAUUGUUUAACCAUUUCUGUGUGAAGUUAAAACUAAUUUUACAAAUUUGUUGCCAUGAAUACGUAAAGUUGCCAUGAAAACUCUUAAAUAACCUUAAAAUGUAAGAUUUAAACGACUUUACAGCUCAAAUAAUACACCAGUUUUAGCAGAAGAAUUAUUGCAAGUGCUUUUAUAUAAAGCUUCAUAUUUCUGCCUGGCCCCAUUCUCUUCCAUAGUAAGUGCCUCACUGUAACCUCGAAUUUAUAAAAAAAGAAAUUACUGUAUUUUUUUGGCAGUUAUCAACAUUAUACCUAAAAUGUUGCCGAUUGAGCUUAACUUGAAAUGAACCUGGGAUAUUCCUUUGUUUAUCAUUGCAUGGCUUGGCCACCAGUUGUUUUGUCAUUACCAUGCUUUUUUUUUUUUUUGCCACCAUCACUGAGUUUUCCUCUCGGCGUGACAACACAGGCCCUUUUUAACAACACCACCAAAGAUACUUUUUGAUUUAUUUGUGUUCCACAUAAUUUCACCUGCAUGCUUUUGGUGGAAGAAUGGUCGGUGUUUCCUGAUAAUGCUAUGAGAAAUGCCUUCCACAAUGAAUUGCGUCCCAUGAUGCAUAGUUCAACAGAUACAUGCCAUACACUGUGAAGCAUUAAUUUUUUAUUCAAGGUAGCUGAACUUCACAGCUGUCAUUUAAGCUCACCCUAUGUAUGCAUGUUGAAUGGUAGCCUAAAAUGAACUUUCACCAAAUGGGAACAUUUCCAUUUUGCCUCAUCUGGUAUACUCCAGGUAUGUCUUACUAUUUGUUUUCAGUCUUUUUGUCUUUAUGAUCAUGGCUGUAUGUAGUUUGUCACCCAUGUAUUAAUUCACAGCAAUUUUGUUAAUUGUUUUUUUGGUUAUAACAGCCUGCCCUAAAAAGUGAUUAGUGUGCUAUCAAGAGACCACAUCUCACACUGCUGGAAGCAUCAAACUCUUUCAAUAAUGACCACAAUCAUGCCACUGCACUGUCUGAUUGUGUCCCAGUGCUGGACCCUUGGGAAAAUUGAAAAACAAAAAACGUAUCUUGGCCUUCACCUUCUCAAUCGAUGGGUCAGGGUUUUGCCUUUUUUAUUUUGAUUGUUUAAAACCCAAAACAGUACCGAUAAAAUUUGAAGCACCUUUUUCAUUUAUUAGUGUGUCAGAAUUUCGAUUGUCACCAAAGUCAUGAUUUGGGUUUUCUUCUAAUUAACUUUUACACGGUGCAUGUGUAUAUAAGGUACUUUGGUCACAUUUGUUGUGCCAUGCUCUUCAGAAUAUUGACGUUCCUUUAUUAUUUAGCUGUUUGUGUUAUUGCUAUAGCUAAUGGGGUGUCUGGGUUUUUAAAUUGCUUGUUAGAGUUUGGAGGAGUGGCCUUGAAAAUUGUUCUUAAAUUGUUCUGGUUGUGGAAAUGGUCUUUAUAAUGAGAGCGAUUUGGUUUGCAGAUACAUAGACACACUGACUGAAGUGCUUGAAUCAUAUUGAAGUUGCUUUACGGUUGGGUUUCUUUAUGUUCUAUAAUUUAAGCAAAAGGAUUUGGGUUGGAUGUUAAAAAUAUGGAAACCUUUUUGGUAGUUGCUUUUUAUUUCCUCAGGAUCUUUGGAUUUACUUUUAUAUGAUGACUUUUACUCGUUUGAAUUAUUGCACUGCCUGCUGUUGUUUUAAAAAGUAUUUUUGGUUUGUCUUAAUUUUCUUUAUUUUCUGUUUUUCAUUUUGUACUUUUCUCCGUUGCCUUAAUUUGAAUACAUCCUCAUGUGCUUUAACAUAAUGUGCGCUUUAAUCUUAUUUCCAUGUUAUUAGUUGAUUUGUUGCAUGGUGGUUCAGUUUUUCAUGGACUACAUGGACAUUGAGGCUCUUCGUUGUGCAGUCUCGUGAAGAGCUCAUCAUGAGUACUUCUCCACCACACAAACUGCUGAGUUGACGAUGGAUUUAGUUUCUCUGAUAAUGGAUAGCCUUGUCUCUUGUUGAAGUACCCGUCCCCCUUUAACACUCCUCCCUGUGAGCUGAACAAAACAUGGAAAAUGGUGAUAUAAUAGCAGAACGGUUACCCCCAUUGUCCUAGAGAGGCUUCUGAACUGGGAACUGCAAAUUAAUGCUGUUUCUUUUUAAUAAAU